UCUACUGACAUGGUCACGUAAUUAAUUUUUUCUCUCACCGCGAGCGAUUUUUGUCUUGAUAUUUUGAAAUGUUUUUUUUCUUCGAUGAACUUAUUAUUAUGUGCUCGCGACAAAUUAGUAAUAAUAAAUUUAUUUUGUACAAUAUGUUUUUAUGAUUCAGUCAAGACUGAUGAGAUAGGUAUGAAUGUACCGUAGUGUUGUACACCGUACGGCUAUAGGGUAUGGUACACCCAUAGCCCACAGGCAAGGUUUAAUGUAUACAACAUUGUUUUAAAGCACUGUCUUGUUUACAACUUACAAGACGUGGUGUGGUUGUAACUUGUAAGGCGAGCAUAAUAUAUAUUAAUAUUAUGCCAUAUUUAGCCAUUUGCCGUAAUCAAAGGCGGUACUCCCAGCUGCCGCCAUACCGUAUUAUUAUGAUUUGUAAACCACCACUAAUACCCAGGCGGGCAGGUUUUAUAUACAUAAAUAUUAUUACAUUCAAUUGCUUGGACCGCGAAAAGUUAGGACCGUGAUUUAUGAUUAUAAUAAUAUUACUAUGAUAACGAUUAACAGGCCGGGACGAAAAUACGAAAACGAUAUAGAGCAGCGCCCCCACGGCCGACACGACGUACCGACUGUGCGCUACGGCUGCCGACUAUAGUGUUGUAGCUGUUGUAAUAAUGUUAUUAUAGAGACGUCUGGCGAAAGUAGAAACGUUCAAAUUCGCGACGGCGGUGGUGUUGGGCGUGCGAUUCUCGCGAAUAUAAAUAGGACGAACGGAAUAGAAACAGAUCGAAAUAAUUUUAAUUACCAACACUGACUAAUCAAUCGGUCUUCGAAGUGCUUGUAAUUUUUGUGUUCUCUACAGAACCAAAUUUUAUAUUUUGUUUAUUUCUUUCAUUGUUCGUGUGUGUUGGAGGUGCGUCGCUGAAAAUCAAAAUAAUACCAUGUCCAAGUAUACGCCCGUGACUCAUGUCAUAUUCGACAUGGACGGUCUGCUUUUAGACACGGAAAAGGUGUACUUGUCCAGCAUUACCGAAGUACUGAAAAAUCAUGGCAAAGACUACCCUAACGACUUACGAGUCCGCGUUAUGGGCACGAUACCAAUCAAUACGGCUACAAUCAUAAUAAAAGAACUGGAAAUGGAAAUAGAUCCGGUCGAUCUUCUUGCUGAAUUCCACGAAAAUCAGAUCGUCAAAAUGGAAAAUGUUCCAUUUUUGCCAGGAGCUGAAAGGUUAAUCGAUCAUCUAUAUACCAAUAAUGUGCCAAUAGCUGUGGCUACAAGUAGCGGUAAAGAUACUUUCAAAGUGAAAACAGCAAACUAUCAACACAUAUUUUCAAAAUUCCAUCACAUUGUACUUGGUAGUGCAGAUCCAGAAGUAAAACAAGGAAAACCAGCCCCGGACAUAUUUCUAGUUUGUGCAUCGCGGUUUGACGAUAAACCUCUACCACAAAAAUGUUUGGUAUUUGAGGACGCUCCAAAUGGAGUUACAGGGGCAAGGUCUGCUGGCAUGCAAGCUGUUAUGGUUCCAGAUAAAAUAAUUCCUGUGGAGAAAACUUCUCAUGCUACUCAAGUGAUAUCUUCAUUGUUGGACUUUAAACCUGAAGAUUUUGGGCUACCUCCUUUUCCUUGACUGUCAAAUUUUAACUAUCCAUAAAAUUGUUUAAUAAUAUUAUUAUUUAUUAGUAAACAAAAUAGAAAUAUUAAUAUUUAUUAUUUAA